GCCAGGAGAGUGCAUACGUUUAUUUUUUUGGGUGUAGGGAGAGAGAGAGAGAGAGAGAGAGAGAGAGAGAGGCUUUUAAAUCUUUUGCACAGAAAGAGAAAGGUUACAUGCACAAUGAGAAAGAAGAUUUGGGUUUUGCAGUGUCUUUUGUUCCUGGAAUGCUUUCUGGUGUUGGUAGUGGAGGCAAUGGUACAAGAGAAGGCAGAUGCAGCAAUUCCAGUGACAACAUUGUCACCUCCAGAAGGCAACACAACAUUCCUUGGGGGCACCACAUGGUGUGUGGCCCUUGCAGGUGUGCCUCAAAUCGAUCUGCAGAAUGCAUUAGACUGGGCCUGUGGACUUGGGAUGACUGAUUGCUCUGCAAUCCAAGACGGUGGAGCUUGUUUCGAACCUGACACUCUGCUCUCUCAUGCCUCUUAUGCUUUCAACAACUAUUACCAACAAAAUGGGAAUUCUGAUAUUGCUUGCAAUUUUGGAGGCACUGCCACUCUUACCAAGAGUAACCCUAGUUAUGGAAAAUGCAACUAUGCUGCCUCUGGCUUGGGAUCCCUCCACUCGUCAGCAACUCCAUUGUCCAAGCACAGACCAAACUUUGUAUGGUGGAAGUUUGCUGGGAUUUUGCUGCUUUUGUAAUUGAUAAGCUAUAAUUAUUGGUUUAAUGGAUGAAGCAUGAUGAUGGUUAUGUGGUUAUCAAUUGUGGAGAUGAAAAUGCAUAAGAAUUAGGCUUAAUUAAUUACAAGUAAGAUCUUCUUCUAAAUUUCUAUAUUAGCUGUGAUUAAUCCUUUUGUAAUUGGAAUCACUAAAUUAUUCCUACCUUAAGCUUGUGGGGAAUAUGUGUGGUUUUGCUAUGAAAUCCUUACUCCUGCCUUUGUUGUUCCCCUAA